AUGGCGGAUCUUAAAGAAGAGCUCGCUCAAAGCCGAGCGCGAAGACAAGCACAGGCUCUUCCAGGUAGCCAAGAAGACGUUCAAGAGGGUAGUAUGCUAGAUGAAUUUGACCCUUUUUCUGGAGAAACUGAUAUUUUUGAGGAAAAUGUUAACAUUUCUCUUACGGCACCACCCAAGACCCAAUGGUAUCAUGGACGGCUUGAUCGGCAUACAGCUGAACAACGGCUUCAGGUGACAAACAAACUGGCCAGUUAUCUGGUUCGAGAGAGUGACCGCAAACCUGGAUCGUAUGUUCUCUCAUAUUUAGGUCAUACUGGAAUCAAUCAUUUUAGAAUUACAGCUGUCUGUGGAGAUUACUAUAUUGGUGGUCGACAGUUUGAUUCGUUGUCUGAUCUGAUUGGUUAUUAUACUAGCUGGUCUGACCUAUUAAAAAAAGAGCGACUUGUACAUCCUGUGGCACCUCCAGAGCCUGUAAAUGAUAGAAAAAGAGUUGUUGCAGUAUUGCCCUAUAGCAAAAUGCCUGACACAGAUGAAAUCAGUUUUCAGAAAGGAGAUAUAUUCACUAUACAUAAUGAUAUUGGUGAUGGCUGGCUAUGGGCAACUCUUCACAGAACACAAGAAAGUGGUUUAAUAUUUGAGGAACUUGUAGAAGAAUUGGAGGAAAAUGUUGAUGCUAAUGAAAUCUACCCUUGGUUUCAUGGAAAUAUUACUAAAGAAGCUGCUGUUGAAAAACUUGCAAAAAUGGGACCAGGCAGCUUUCUAGUAAGGCCUUCUGAUAACUCUCCUGGGAAUUAUUCUUUGUUUUUCCACAUCAACAAUACCAUUCAGAGGUUUCGCAUAGAACACAGAGGAAACAGAUAUUUAAUGGGAGGAAGAUGCUUUGACAGCUUGGAGGCAGUCAUUAACAGAUAUAAAAGUGAGCAGAUAGUUGAAGGACACACCUUAGGUGAUCCAGUUUUAAAGACACCAUGUGAAUCACGAGGAUUAAGCAAAGCUCAAGAAGUUCAACGAAAAUCCCAAGACAUUUAUGCCACUCUGAGAGAAAACCGAGAGUCUGGAGCAGCUAAACGGAACAAGGAUAUUCGCAUGACUGGUUAUCUAAAUAAAAAAAGUCAAAGCAACAAAAAAUGGAAAAACCUUUACUUUGAACUACAAGCUAAGGAACAACAACUAAUCUACUAUGAAAACCCCAAACGAACAAAACCUAAGGGAUUGAUUGACCUUAGCUACACCUAUUUAUACAUGGUACAUGAUAGUUUAUUUGAAAGGCCCAAUUGUUUCCAGCUUGUUGAAAAAGCUUUACCAUGCAUCAGCACAACAUAUUACCUCUGUGCUAGUUCUCCUGACACUGCUCUGCAAUGGCUUCAAAGCAUUAAGCCAUUAUGUGCACCACAUCAGCGAGGACGAGCGCCUAGUCAUAAUGUCUCUGAAGUUCGAAGUUUACAUCUGACUCUUCUAGAAGCUCAUCGUCUACCUGUCCGUCUCGUUCCACAUCCUUUUUGUAUCAUCUCCUUGGACAAGGUCAAAGUUUGCCGCACACAAGUCAAGUGUCCCCCUGACCCCAUUUGGGAAGAGGAUUUCCUUCUUGAAGACAUUCCAUCCGACAUUAGAACCUUUUGUAUCACGUUGUAUAAUAAAGCUAAAAGGUCAAGUGACAUAGAAAUUGCGGAAAUGUCUGUGGACCUUACUACACUAGUCAGUGGAGAAGAAGUUGAAGAUUGGUACCCUCUUAGUGGACUCAGUGCCCCAGUCCUCGAAGACUGGGGCUCUCUCAGAGUCAGGACUCGUUAUGUGCAUGAGGUUAUUAUGCCACAGCGAGAAUAUGAUGCUUUAAAAGAGUUGCUUCUUGAGGAAGACCUAGAGAUUAUCAGUGUUUUAGCUGAUAUAUGUCAUCGUGACAGAGCACCUUUAGCUACAGCAGUUCUACGAGUUUUCAGGUUUGAAAAAAAAGAGGCAAUGUUACUUAAGACAAUGAAUGACAGGGAAAUAGAGCAUGAAGAUGAGACCUCAACAUUGUUUCGGGUUGCGUCGCUAACAACUACAUUGAUGGAUCAAUACAUGAGGUCCACUGCGCACCACUUCUUACAGCAGGCCCUUCAGGAGUCCAUUCAAAAAGUGAUGGAGAGUAGACAGUCAUGUGAACUGAAUCCCAGCAAGCUAGAAAGUCCAUCAGAAGCAUGCACAAAUGCUGAACAUUUAUUAAGUCUCUUAGAUGAAAUCAUUGAAUCAAUCUUUGCUGCAGUGGAUUCUUGUCCAAAGACACUCCGAUAUAUUUGUAGCUGUUUACAGAAAAGUGUAAUGGCCAAAUGGCCGAAUGAUCCAUUGGUUAAAACUCGUGUCGUAAGUUGUUUUGUUUUUUUACGAUUGCUCUGUCCAGCCAUUCUGAACCCAAGACAGUUCAACCUAAUUAAUGAUACUCCUUCAGAGACAGCUGCACGUAGUCUUAUACUGGUAGCCAAGUGUCUACAGAACCUAGCCAACCUUGUAGAAUUUGGUGCUAAGGAGCCUUGGAUGGAAGUGAUCAACCCUUUCAUUUUGAAGAACAAAAACAGAAUGAUUAAGUUCCUUGAUGACAUAUCGGUGAGUAAGAACAAAAACAGAAUGAUUAAGUUCCUUGAUGACAUAUCGAAUGUACCAGAAAGACCUGACCCUGAGGAGACAAUAUCAGGAGACCCAGCACGUGACUUAGCAACUAUUCAUCAUAUCUGUGCCACAGAGAAAGCAAAGCUUCAGAAUCUCAGUCAAAACUCUGCUACUUUGAGAAAGUUAAUCACAGUCACAGAAAUGCUGUCCAAGCACAAGCAAGUCUACAUGGAAAUGCUGAGGUAGUGAAUGAAAGGAAGCAAGUCAAGAACAGCACAGCCAGGCCCAGGAAGGUUCCUUCUGUGUACUGCCAGUUACUUGAAUUUCAAGCCCAUUGCUAGUUGUAUACUCCAACAGGAAUCUUGUCUGGGUCGUUGGUUAACUUAGUUGUAUGCUCCAACAGGAAUCUUGUCUGGGUCAUUGGUUAACUUAGUGUGGUGAGUGAGUUGGUGCUCUGCUUAUGUUUUUUUCGUAGCAAAUUUGCUCUUUGUUCCUAAAUUAUUUCUGCUGCUUGUUCCUUUAUUGGAGAAUAUACCUCAUAGAUCUUCAGACAUUCCAUAUAAACAGUUGGCUUGUUAAUUUUUUCUUCCAAAAGGAAUGUUGACCCUAUGUUUUUUUUUUAUCUGUUCUGUCAGCAGAUGUACAUCUGUAUGUAUAACAGGAACCUGCCUUACCCUAGUGUUACCUGUUAGUGUUUGUGAACUUCAUUUUUGUUGUUGUCUUUUCCCUAAUCAAUGUGAUCGUUAUGAAAUAUAUGAAACAGCAGCAGAAACCAUACUUUGUGAACUACUGAUAUCUUUCCACUUCUAAAGCUGAUGACAUGAAAAUUAUCUGUGAGAAGCCAAUAGUACAACUUAAAAUCACAGUCUUAAAAUUAAAAAAAAAGUUCUUAUAGUUGAUAAGAAAGUAUAAUCAAAAUUGCUUUGUUCAUACAAAGAUGGUUAGAUGUGUUUUAUUUAAAUAGAUGUACAACAAAGUUAGCUAGCUGAAUCUCAGCUUAAAAAUUGACAAACUUGGUGAUGUUUCCUCAUAAUUGUAAUCAUAAUAUGAAUGAGCUGAUAUGUAAAAAUGUGUAGUACAAAGCCCAAAGUCACCAGUUGGUCCUUAGAAGAUGUGUAUCAAAGUAUCAUCAGUAUUUGAGAUUCCAGAGUCUGAUAAUGUUAUAAUGUUUGGGUAAUUCAAGUAAUAUUUACUUAGUUUUUUUGUGAGUUGAAUAUAAUAUACUUUUACUGCCUUCAAUGGUUGGUGUUAAUGUUGUUGUGCAGAUGUUAUAACUGUACUGCCUUGUAAAUAGAAGUAGCCCCUGUAUUAGUCAGUAGUGUUUGUAAAGCUGUGUCUGUUUUCAAAGUCUUUGUAUGUUUCAUUUAAACAGUUACCUAAAGUCAUUGGUUUUCAAUUCCUCGUGUUUACAUGAGUGAAAAGACAUCUGGACUUCCUAAUGUCCCAGCUCACUUUCAUUUGAUUUUUUUUUUUUCACUUGUUAUUCACCUUUGUUAGCUUUUUACUUUUUCAAUUGUUAUUCAGUAUUUUCAAAUUAGACUCUUCAAAAUAACUGGUUAGUAAUUAUUAAUACUGUGUUCCCUUGUUCGUUUAGUAGUUCUGAUGAGAUGGUGUACUGGGAAGAGAUUUUUUUCUGUGAAAUGUUCAUCUCAAAGCACAUUUAGCAGUAAUUGGCUUUAAUAACAAGUUCAGGAAAACCAUAUCGAUGUUUUAAGUUAAGGCAUUUAUAAUAGUACUGUGAUACUAAAGUUGUAAGUUUUUCUUAUUGGGGACUUCUUUUAAAAGGAUAUGGCUACAAAAAAAAUAUUAAGUAUGCUCACAUAUAGCUUUAUAUAUUUCUGUCUGUGUUUUGUAGGAUGGCUUUGUCUUUUGGUACUACACCUUACAUUAAAGUAGGCUUCCAGAAAAACCUGUAAGGUCCAGACACUACCACUGUUUGCAGAUGUUUGAAAGUAUACAAAGAGAGUAUCUUAAAAAAAAACAACUAAUUUCUCUAAAAAACAAAUACUCUAUUAUCUCUGCAUAAAUUAAGAUGAUAGGAAAGCUAGCAAGUGUACACCAGCUGUUACUGUUUAUCAUUUGCUAUAGAAACUUAAAUAAGAUGUCUGAUUGGAUAGUUCAUCACAAAGAAACUAUAUUGCUGUGUCCAUCAAACAGCUCCUUAAGCUAUAAAUUACCUUACACAUUCAUUCCAACUUACCUUUUUAGGAAGAACUUUGAAAGUCAGAAAUUGUUUUCUCUUCCGUUUACAGUUCAUGAAGAGACACUGGUUCGCAGUAUGUCUUUAGAUUUGUAUUGGCUUACUUUCAGUAAAAAACAUCAGCCUUGCUAAUAGGCUUAAAGAUCCUCGUUAUCAAAUAAGCUUGAAAUUUUUUUGCAUAUUUCACUUGAUUUCAGUACAUUUUCAGAUGAAUGGUUUAUUUUGAAUUUGGUAUUUUAAAAUUUAUUAUCUUUAUAAUGUUUGUAUAGUGGUUAUUGUGAGUAGGUUUUUAUUAACACUCAUUUUACAGGACAGUAUAAGCUGGCUUGCUUUGACUGCCUCUGAAGACCAAGGAUAGCUUGCUUUCUUAUUGUUUUGUUUCUGUACUCAAAAAACAUUUCGUAUAAUUUUUAAUUUUCUUGUU